AUGCAGAUUGUCUCUGAAAUCUGGAAAUCUGACAUUCAAGGAUACACAAUGUACUCUGUAUGCACCAAACUCAAAAUGCUAAAGGGAGUUUUGAAGGUGUUAAACAAGAGACACUUUUAUAAUAUUAGUGAGCAGGUGCAAAGAGCAAAGUUUGUUUUGGAAGAUACUCAGAAGAAACUUCAAAACAACCCCCUAGACCCUAUGCUCAUCUGUCAAGAAAAAGAAAAUCUUUCUUCUUACAACAAAUUGAUGGACUGUGAAGUAUCAUUCUAUCAACAAAAAGCUAGAAUAGCUUGGAGUGUGCAUGGUGACAGGAGCACUAGUUAUUUUCAUGUUGUUGCUAAAAGGAACAGGCACAAUAAUAAUGUGGUAGUUCUCUAUAGCAACAGGAACAUCAUCAAAGCUGGACCUUGCUUGUUAGAGUCUCAAAUCAGGGAAUUAUCAAAACCUAACUCUAAAGAGGAAAUUAAAGAGGAAAUCUUCUCCAUGUCUGAUAAUAAAGCUCCAGGGCCAGAUGAAUAUAGUGUUUCAUUCUUCAAAACUGCAUGGCCUGUCAUUGGGGAAGAGGUUUUAAAAUCUAUAGAAGAUUUCUUCAAAAAUGGAAAGCUUCUAGGCAGUGUAAAUUCCACUUCCAUUACCUUGGUUCCUGAGGUACAAUUCCCAAAUACUCCUGCUGAUUUCAGGCCAAUUGCUUGUUGUAAUUGCCUCUAUAAGUUUAUUUCUAAAAUCCUUGCUAAUAGAAUUAAAUCAGUUAUGGGCUAUCUUGUGGAUGAAGCACAAAGUGCUUUUGUCAAAGGCAGGCAGAUUUCUAGCAAUAUUUUCCUUGCACAUGAGCUUGUUAAAAGCUAUAAUAGGAAACAUAUAUCUCUAAGGGUUAUGCUCAAUAUUGAUAUUAAGAAGGCUUUUGACACUAUUAGCUGGAAUUUUCUUACUGACAUGCUAGAAGGACUGAAUUUUCCUGUGGUCAUGAUAAACUGGAUUAAAGCAUGCAUUUCUUAUCCAAAGUACUCAAUUUCUCUUAACGGCUCCCUCCAUGGGUAUUUCAAAGGAAAACGUGGAUUGAGACAGGGUGAUCCCCUCUCUCCUUAUCUCUUUAUACUGGGAAUGGAGUACCUUUCUAGGAGUUUGAAUUCUUUAAAGAAUGACAGGCUCUUCAAAUUUCACCCAAGGUGUAGCAAGCUUAAGAUUACUCACCUUAUAUUUACAGAUGAUCUCUUGUUAUUUGCUAAAUGUGACAUUUAUUCAGUGCAAAAACUAUAUCAAUGUGUGAAGGAAUUUAGUGAAAUAUCUGGACUGGUUGCAAACCCUGAAAAAAGCUCUAUUUUUUAUGGGGGAUUAGAGGAAUCUGUCAAAAUCUCUAUAGCAAGUCUUUUGGGCUUCACUGAAGGAACUUUGCCAAUCAAAUAUCUGGGAGUUCCCCUCAUUUCAAAGUGGUUAUCCUUCCUGGAUUGCAGCCCUCACUUCUCUAAAAUUUCUGGUGUCCUCCAUAAGAUUGAUGAGAUCUGUAGAAAUUUUCUAUGGGGAAAAACUAACCAGAUUCACAGGAAACCACCAUUAGUUUCAUGGGUUUAUGAGAAUUAUCUCAAACAAGGAAAUAUCUGGCAGAUUAAUGCAAGAAAGAGUGAUUCUUGGAUGUGGAAGCAAUUGUUAAAAGUGAGAAAUAAAGCUCUUGCUUUUCGUGGUGAUUCUGAUAACUUGAAAAUGCUCAUUAACUCUUGCUGUAAGAAUUCAAAAGUUAAACUCUCAGCUCUAUAUGAAGCCCUCUCCCCUGUAGGAAACAAGGUGUCAUGGUACAAAACAUAUUGGGAGGAUUUAAAUGUCCCUAAGCAUUCUUUUAUUCACUGGUUAGUAGUUCAGAACAAACUGUUAACACAGGAUAGACUCAUGAAAAGGGGUAUUAUCACUGUAAAUGCCUGCAGCAUGUGUGCAGGUGCUUGUUUGGAGUCUAGAGAUCACUUAUUCUUUGAGUGCAUAUUUUCAUGCAAUGUUUGGAACCACAUCAUGGAAUGA